UGAUCUGAAAAGAAACCAGGAGGAAGAGGACGGCUGAAGAGAGAAGACUCCUGAUACACAGACACAUCCCACGUCAUCUCCUUUCACACACACACACACACACACACACACGAAUGCUGCUCGUCUUGGCCCGUCCUCAUCUACAGAGCGCCGCCUCGACUCAUCCGUCCGUCUGGAACCUGAGAGAAGCCCUCGGUGGGACCACCACGACAUUGUCCAAGCCUUGAGACCGUCCAUCGGCGAACCCUUGACACCCGUGACCGAAAAUGAGGAAGGGUCUCCAGACUCACACGGGGCAUCAGGACGACAGUGAGGAGAAAGACGAGGAGCUAUGGAUGGAGAAGGAGGAGAAAGAGUGGCAGCACGGGAGGGCCGAGAAGAAGCUGCUGGCCUUCUGGAUGUCCUUGUCCCACAGGACCUGGACCUUCUUCAGGCCCCGCGAGAGACAAGGCUUCCAGCGUUCUGCCUCCGCUGCCCGUCUGCUGAAGAGUGAGGCAUGAGGAGUGAGUGUGUGUGAUGUGUGUGUGUGAGUGUGUGUGUGGCUGCAGUGACUACAUGUGUGUGAGGGUCUGUCAGUAGCGGGUGUCAGAAGAGACCUCACAGACCUGUUGUCGAGUGUGUUGUGGACGAAAGGUUCCAUUCCUCUGCUUCGUUCUCCAUUUUCAAAAAACACUUUGUGUUCCUGCCCUUCGAGUCCUGGAGUGAUCUGUGAAGGGCAGCAGCUUAUUGAAUCCUUCUUUGUAGGAUUUUUUUUUUUUCUAAACUACUUGAAGGUGAAGUUCAUCAUAAACACAAAGCUUGUAGAAAGAGGAUUUUAUUUUUAUUACCGCAGAUCUUUACAAACUUCUCAAACCAUCCGAAGUGAUUGAGCUUCACAGCUGACUUUGUGCGUCAGAAGAGCUGUUCCUCCUCAUCACCGAGCCCUCACGCCGAGGCUGUCCGGGCGGGGAUGGGUUAGCUGGGAUCAGCCAUCAUGGUGGUGACCCAUCUGGCUCUGGAGCUCCGUUUUCAGGGCAAGAAGCUCCGGGGCUUCACGUGCAAACUGACCCGCUCGGCCCAUGGCUUCCUGCCCGAAAACUCGUGGACGAUCGCGGCCCAGGUCGCGCUGCCUUACCUGGUGUCUGGCCUGGGCAUGGUGGCAGCUGGGAUAGUCAUGGAUAUUGUGCAACACUGGGAGGUGUUCAAAGAGAUCUCUGAGGUGUUUAUCUUGGUACCGGCCCUGGUGGGGCUGAAGGGGAAUCUGGAGAUGACGCUGGCAUCAAGACUGUCAACAGCAGCCAACACAGGGCAGAUGGACGAGGCCCAGCAGCAGUGGAGGAUGGUGUUCUGUAACCUGGCUCUCGUUCAGGUUCAAGCCACAGUUGUGGGAUUUCUGGCAGCGCUCGCAGCCGUGGGUCUGGGCGGUCUGACCAGAGGGAGGGUGGAUGUUACCCAGGCUGGCGUCUUGUGUGCGAGCAGCGUCACCACGGCUUUCAUCGCCGCUCUGUCUCUAGGUCUGGUCAUGGUGGCCGUGAUCAUCGGCUCCAGGAAGGUGGGCAUCAACCCGGAUAACGUGGCCACGCCCAUCGCCGCCAGCCUCGGAGACCUCAUCACUCUGUCUCUGCUCGCCGGGGUCAGCACCCUCUUCUUCUCUUACAGAGACAUGUGGUACCUGCCUUCUCUGGUGUGUGUCUUCUUCCUGCUCCUCCUCGUCCCAGCGUGGUUCAUAAUUACCAGUCAUUCCCCGUCAAUCAGAGAGGUCCUGAAGUCCGGCUGGCAGCCGGUCAUUCUGGCCAUGUCCAUCAGCAGUAUUGGUGGCCUGAUUCUGGAUAAAAGUCUGAGCAAUCCAGACUUUGAAGGUAUGGCCAUGUUCACGCCAGUCAUCAACGGUGUUGGUGGGAACCUUGUGGCCAUCCAGGCCAGCAGGAUGUCCACUUACCUGCACUACUGGAGCGUCCCCGGGGCUCUUCCAUUUGAAAUGAGUGCAAACUGUCACGGACCCUGUGCUACCUUCUGCUCUUUAGAUGUCAACUCCAAAUCAGCCAGAGUACUGGUCACUCUGGUGGUGCCUGGUCACCUCCUCUUCCUGUACACCAUUCAUCUCCUGCAGGGAGGCCACGUCGCCAUGACGCCCACCUUCAUCAUCUGCUACCUGACUGCAGCUCUGCUACAGGUGGUGAUAUUGCUCUAUGCGGCCAGCCUGUUGGUGCGCUGGCUGUGGCGAAGGGGCCUGGAUCCAGACAACUUCUCCAUCCCCUACCUCACAGCUCUGGGUGACCUGCUGGGGACCGGCUUUUUGGCCUUGAGCUUCCAACUGGUUCGGAUGUUCAGUUCUGCUGGGACUGGAGUCUGACACGGAUACAGAUAUGUAGUAUGUGAUCCUGCACGCGCUCAGUGAGACGUUUCCUGUAUGCAAGUGGCUGACACGCACAGCAAAAGCUUGUUAGAGAUAAAAAUGAAGAUGAGCAUAAAAGAGCAGAGGAGGUACGUGUACGUGGAUUUUUAUUUGUGCCUUUAUCCUGAGCCAAAGAGAGCAUCUUUAGAACUGCGUAACAACAAGGCAGCUGCAAAGUCAUGGUGAAUGGUAACUAGACAUACAACAUAAAGUGGAGCAUUUACCAGAUCAACUCUGAUUGUGGAUCUGGUUUAGGCCGUAGACUGUGCACUGCUCCUCUAAAGUGAAGCCAAAGCAAGUAGAGCUCCCCCUGGUGUCUGGAGGCUGCAGUACCGGUCACAUAAGCUCCACCUCCUCCGUGUUAGUGGAUGGGAACUAGAGAUUUUCUCACUGGUGGAUCAAAAAUUGCCGUAGGUGUAUGUGUGAAUAGUUGUUUGUCUCUCUGUGUUAGCGCUUCAGAAGACAAGUGGCUACAGAAAAUGAACAAAAUGAAUGAACUGGUGUAGACCAGAGAGGAGCUAACAGGCAGUGAAUUGUUAUUAUUUAUCAGGAACCUCCAAAACAAAACAACUUCCCACUUGAGAUAUGUUUUUAUGUUUAAAAGCUGGUCACAGUCCUGUCAAAGUGGCUAAAAAUGGAAAACUAGUUGCCAUCUUUGACGUCCGCAGCAGUGUGUGAUGUUCCCUCAGGUUUGAGAUUCUGUUACACAUCUUCAGUGAUAGCGACUCAUGAGUAAAAACCAGUUCCAACAUGCAUUUCUUCUUCAACUCAAACUCACACAAAGAGCAUAGUUAAUUUAAAAACUCUGAUUGUUGAUCUGGUUAAGGCCACAGACUAUGCACUGCUCCUCAGAAGUGCAGCCAAAGCCAGUAGAGCUCCCCCUGGUGUCCGGAGGCUGCAGUAUAGGUCAUAAGCUCCACCCCCUCCAUGUUAGUGGGUGGGACUUCGGCCUAAGUAGACAUUUUCUGGGUGGAAGUAAAUCCAUGUACGGAGUCCAGAACAGGUUACACGCUGUGUAUAAACGAUGUGUCAUCCAGGUGUCAUUUUUUGUGCUCAAAAUAUUAUUUCACGCUCAGGAUUCAGGCACAAAUAUAAUAUGUAGAAACAGAAAACUGGAAAAAAAAAAUCUGUUGUGAAAUAAGAAAAAAAAAAACUAACUUUUUGGCACUUUGGUCUUCAUGUUUGUUCACUGUGGUCAGUAUUUGUGCAUCAGAUUUUCACUGGCCUCGUUAUCAACAGCACCCAGCUUAUCUCUGUGGAAACAACAUCCAUUCACAGUGGGAAUGCUGUAAAACCACUGUAUUAACUGUUGUCACUUAAAUGUUAGAUGGCAAAUGAUUGUAUUAUGGCAAUAAUUACCUAUAUAGCUGAGUGUAAAUGUAUAUCAAAUCACAUAUUGCACAGUCUGAAUGAAUGUUUUACGUGUUUAUUUCAUGUAGAUUUGUGCCUUUAAACCUUGAUAAGCCUUGAGUUGGUCUUGCUAAAUUUCUACUGGAGAUUUUGUUUUUUGUUUUGUUUUUCUGUGCAGCAAUGGCCGCUGAAUAUAUCCUGUUGUAUUUAAUUGUUUCUAUGCUUGUAUGUAUUCCAGGUAUUGAGUACACAGAUAAUACUUGUGAAAUUUCAAAUGAUUCAGUGAGCUUCUCUCUGUGUAUGUGGCCAUUUCAGUUGUGCGAUAUGCACUUUUAGACAGAUGCUUGUCUUCACUGAUCUGCAAAUAGAAUCCAAAUAUAGUACUAUUUUCACA